AUGAAAAAUCUAACCGAUUCUUUCCUUUCCUUGGGUUUAUGGUCCUCCGCCGGGAGUUUCGGGUUUAAUACCGAUAUUUUAGCAACAAAUCCAAUAAAUCUAAGUGUAGUGCUCGGCCUAUUGAUUUUUUUUGGAAAGGGAGUGUUAAGUGAUUUAUUAGAUAAUCGAAAACAGAGGAUCUUGAAGACUAUUCGAAAUUCAGAAGAACUACGCAGGGGAGCCAUUGAACAGCUGGAAAAAGCCCGGGCACGUUUAAGGAAAGUGGAAAUGGAAGCGGAUCAGUUUCGGGUGACUGGAUACUCUGAUAUAGAACGAGAAAAGUCGAACUUGAUUAAUUCAACUUAUCAAACUUUGGAACAAUUCGAAAUUUACAAAAAUGAAACCAUUCGUUUUGAACAACAAAGAGCGAGUAAUCAAGUCCGACAACGGGUUUUCCAACAAGCCUUAAAAGGAGCUCUAGGAACUCUGACUAGUUCUUUGAACAACGAGUUACAUUUACGUACCAUCAAUGCUAAUAUUGGCAUGUUUGGGACGCUGACAGAAAUAAUCGAUUAG